AGUGUGUACAGGGUGUUUUAAUGAGAGAAAACAAAAAUUAAGGGCUAGGGUUUAGAGAGGUUGGCCUCUGUGAUCAUGUGGGUGCAUGUGGUUGCAUGGGGUAGGAGAAACUCCGAGAAAGUACCCAUUUUCAAAUCUUUAUAAAACCCCCUCACUUCAACACCAUCCUUAACCCAUUCUAUCUAUAAUCUUGUUUCUUGAUCUUAACACUUCAAAAACUUGAACAAAAAACCAUCUCAAGUCCAAGCAAAAGUGUGUUUAAGUAGAAUAGCAUGGAAACUACUUCUUCUCAACAGACUUUGUUUCUUAAUAUGGAGAAUAGAGUAGUUAAGAACAAGGGUUUUUUAAAUUCUACAUCAACUGUUGAGUCUUCUUCAUGGAAUGAAAGCUUAGGAGAUGAAUUUAUGAGAAAAAGGAAAGUGAAGAAACAGAAGAUCAAGAAGUUAAUGAAUGGAGGAUAUAUGUGGAGUAAAGGAACUACGAGGAGGAACCUUCUAGUAGGUUCUAGAAGAGGAAUGGAAGGAAAAGUGAAGACCUUAAAAAAGCUUGUACCGGGUGGAAAGUCUUCCAUGGGUUUAGAUGGGCUUUUUAUUGAAACAGCUGAUUAUAUUAUGGCUUUACAAAUGCAAGUAAAAGUAAUGAAGAUUAUGGUUAAUGUUUUAGCUAGUUCUACUAAAUAAAGAGACGAAGAAAUAGAAGGUACUUCCAUUUACAAAAGAGAAGAUCGAAAUUAGAUUUUAACCAUCUUAUUAAAUUCAUCAUUUAUUCGUAUAAUAUCAUAUAAUUGCAUAAGAAGAUUUAGAAGCCCAGUUCUUCCAAGUAUUUUGUUCUGGUUACAAAAUAAUACAACUGGGUUUUUCUUUUUUUGUUGUUGUAUUUUGUUUUUAUAGGUUUGAUACCCAUUUCAUACUUGUGAACUCCUUUUGUUCUGUAUUGUCUGAUAUAGACAAUCAACAAAUUUGGUUCAGUUGAAAAUUAAGAUAAACAAAGAUUUAUUUUACUUGAUAUAAACUGACUGAUUUGCAUAAAA